AUGAGCGACACCUGCUUCAGUCGUGAUGGCCUAAUUCUGUGUAGGACGGACUUUGCAAGGCGGUAUGGCCAGCGAUGUGCCGGAUGUGAUGGAGCGCUGGAGAAAGAAGAUUUGGUCCGAAAAGCCCGUGACAAAGUGUUUCACAUUCAAUGUUUUCAGUGUUCUGUUUGUCAACGACGGUUGGAUACUGGUGAACAGGUGGGAAUCAAGUCGUCAAUACUGUAA